AUGCAGCGCGUCCAGCUCAUGAAGUCGACGCGCAAGGUCGCUAAGCUACUCGGCGCCACCCCGCAGAUCAAGAUCAGAAACGCCUCCCCUCAAGUCAUCCGCAAUCAAGAUGGUGUCUUGGUAGUGCGCGGGCGACAAAGCUCUCUAGACGAUACAACAACGCUUCUGCCUCCGCGCAUCACAGCGCCUCGCGCAACAUCUGCCCCGUCAUCGCCCUUGCCCGUGCCUAACGCCGCGAUGUUGGAAGCGCAGGGUCGUGCCAGCCUUCGCCGGCGCGCACCUCGACUACAGAUCGACAGCUCGGGCCCGUGUUCUGACACUGGACUCAAGGCGCUCUCGUCCCCUCGAACGCUCUCUCAACCGCUUUCCCCGCCAUUGGUAACACCACCAACACCCGCGACUGCGCGACGGGGAUCUUUCUUCCCUCCCACACCCAAGACAGCGGUGUGCGAGUCUCCCAGUGCUCGUGCAGCACGCGAAAGGCGUCUAUACCGCAAGAGGCUGAGCAAGUUGGGGCGUACAUUCGGGCAGGCCAUCCCCCCGGUACUGGUGCCCGCACCUCCCUCUCUCGUGGCCCGGCCUCGUGGCCGUCGAGGACGCCGGUCGUUAUAUGUAUCGGUCGGGGCUGCCGCAGCUACGUCGCCAGCCAUCUCAUAUUCGAUAUCGUCCAGCUCGUCCGCCUCGGGAAACGCUCAGGAGAAUGUCCCACCCAUCCCAGAGCGUCUCUCGAACACAAUCACAACACGACCCCACCUUCGCAUCAAGGUGGCUUCACCUCCCACGGCUUAUCAACCCCUGCCUUCCUCCUGGCAGGCGAUGCCCAAGAUGAAACGAGUGGAGGAGGUGUUUGAGGGACCGCGAGACGUCUUGGUGGAGGUCAACCGGAAGAUAGAGGUGUUCGAGUAUACGGACUCGCCGCAAUCUCUGCGUCGCACGGCGUCUUUCGAGGCCCUAUCUCCCGCUGUACUACAGGCCACCAACCUCCCGCCCCGUUCACAGAGCGUAGAACCUCUUCGCCGUCUGCCAACACUCGAUAUGAUGGAAAUGGAUGGCCCUUUCGAAUCUCACUUCGACCAGCGUGCACACGCUACUGGUAGUGACGCGUCAUUCGAUCUGCCUCCACGUUCAAACUCUCGCCUUGCUCAGAUUCUGCUUGGAAAGAGCAAUGCAGAAGAGGGAGUGAAGCCAAUCGCGUAUCGUAGUGAACGGCGCCAGGGGUGGAGUGGCGAAUGGAACGCAGCGAGCGUUCAGGAUGUCAUAGUUCGUUUACGCGAACUGAAGUGA